AUGUUAGUUACAGCGAGUAUUUGUAGAAAUUUUUCUUCGAGUCAUUUGACACCCAAACAAUUAUUCAGAUAUCUUUUGAGACAGUGUGAUAAAUUACCCCAAGGACCGAAGGAGCAUUAUAAAUUUCAGAUCAAACAAUAUACCGAAAUUACUUUUUAGAGUUUCAAACAGCAUAGAACUGAAAGUGAUCCUGAACGAAUACAAGAAAUUAUGAAAAGAUCUUAUGAAGAUGCUGAAUGGGUUAUGAAAAAGGUGAAUUCCCAGUAAUCAAAUAUUCCUUGGUUGCUCAUUGAUUGCUGUUUACUUUUGUUUGUAGUAUUUCCCUGAAAAAAUCUAAUAUGUUUCAAAUUCCAUUAGCAACUAGUGCUUCACUGAUUUCAAGAGAUGGAUUUUGGAAAUCUGUCUCGAUUUAUCACAAUAGGCCACACAUUGUUAAUAGAAAGAUAGCUGUUGCUGACCAAGUAUUACUUUGUGAAGUUGACUUCAAUGCUGAGAAUAGACUCAACAUAACAGAUGUUUUAACAAUUCAUGCUUUGGCUUACGAAGUGCAAAGAUUAGAAAAAGUAGAUAAGGAAUCGAUUAGUCAAGAUUUUUUGGCAAAUUUGUUGAACACUUAUGAUAAAAGUGUAAAGUUAUGUGAAAGAAAUAUAGAUGUUCUAGAUAAUACAGAUACUGGAGUUUACUUAUCUGUUAGAAUCAUAUUACCUAGGACACAAAAAUGUAGUAGAAGUAUAGAAUUGAUUAUACUGGAUAAAAAUAAUGACUAUAUAACUUUCUUAUCUUGUUGUAUCGAUAAAUGUAAAUUGAACCCCUUACCACCUUUUCCAUAUCGAAUAGAAUUAACUAGAGAAAAUUUUAUGAGAAUUACGUUGAAUAACUUUGAAGAUGCAGAUACAAGUAGUGCUGAAUGGUUGUUUGAUUCUUUGUUCAAAAAACUAAUUAAUUGGACUGAACUAACUGAUGGAGGCAAUAUUAUUCAAUCCUUGACAAGAGUACCACUUGAAGAAUAUUGUAAUUUGUACAAUAAUUUGAAAGAAAAAUAUGGAGAACCAUUGAGAAAAAUUUGGUUUGAAAAAACUAAAACUGACCCUCAAAAAUUCAUCUUUGAAGAUAUUGCUAUUGCUACCUACCUUAUUUGUUUGUGGCUGGAGGAAUAUAAGACGAAAGCUAAGAGCUUUGUCAAUUUUGUUGACUGUGGCUGUGGUAAUGGUCUACUUGUGUAUAUUUUGAAUAGAGAAGGUUUUGAAGGUUGUGGAAUCGACUUGAGAAGAAGAAAUAUAUGGGAUUUAUUUUUGAAUAAUGCGAACCUCGAGGUUGGAAUUGUUGGAUCGGAUUCUAAAUUUCCAAACGCUACAUGGUUAAUUGGUAAUCAUUCAGACGAAUUAACACCUUGGUUGCCCAUAAUAGCAUCAAAAAGUUCGCCUCUGACAAACUAUUUUGUAUUACCUUGUUGUCCAUUCGACUUCAGCGGUAAAAAAUAUAUAAGAAAAAACACAAACUUGAGUCAGUAUGCUGAUUACUUAGAAUAUAUCAAGCAUAUAUCAGACACUUGUGGAUUUGAAACAACAAUUGAUAAAUUGAGGAUACCAUCAACAAAAAGAACAUGUUUAAUUGGUUUGAGAAAAAAUGAUGGUUCGAAAAAUAUUCAGGGAGUUUGUGAGCAAACUGAAGAUUUUAUUAAGUCAAAGUUUGACUCUAGUUAUUGCAACUUCAAGACUAGAUCAUCUGUAGAGAAGGUAAGGAAUUGCACCCAGAUCGAUAAAAGUGUUAGAGAAAAAAUAGUUAGAGAGGUUGUCAACUGUUUACUUGCAAAUGAAAGUUAUAUCAUUAGAAAUGAUGGUACAAAGUGGAAUAAAGGUGGAUCAAUUCCUUUGAAUGAGUUGUCUAAAUUACUUAAAGAAGAAUUGAGUCACCUCAAGAAUGAAUGUGGAGGUUUGCAAACUCUUUUGAGAAAUUAUCGUUAUGUCUUCAAACUUGAGGAAGCCAAGGUUAAAUUAAGGGAACCUUGUAGAUUAGAAGAAACUGCACGAUAUAAGGAGAAACCAUGUUGGUUUUACAGAUUUCAUCCUGAUAGUUGUCUGUAUGAGAAAGAAAUAUGUGGAUAUUCUCAUGUUGAAUAAAAUAUUGAAAGGAA